AUGGGUCAGGUGAAGGAGGUGGUAGUGGAAGUGGGGGUGGAGGAGGCAGAGGUGGUGGAGGCGGCGGCGGUUCAGGAUCGGGAUCUGGCUCUAGAUCAAGACAUGGGUCAAGUAAAGGAGGUGGCAGUGGCGGUGGGGGGGGGGGGGGGAGGGGGAGGCAGAGGUGGUGGAGGUGGUAGUGGGUCUAGUUCUGGUGGCGGCUCAGGAUCUGGAUCUUUCUCUGGCUCUGGAUCCGGACAUGGGUCAGGUGAAGCAGGUGGUAGUGGCGGUAGGGGUGGAGGAGGCAGAGGUGGUGGAGGCAGCAGUGGAUCUGGUGUAGGAGGUGGCAGUGGUGGUGGGGGUGGAGGCGGUGGUGGAUCUGGUUCUGGCGGUGGCUCAAGAUCGGGAUCUGGAUAUAGGUCAGGUGAAGGAGGUGGCAGUGGUGGUGGGGGUGGCGGUAGAGGUGGAUCUGGUUCUAGCGGCAGCUUAGGAUAUGGAUCUGGCGCUGGAUUUGGAUAUGGGCUAGGUCAAGGAGGUGGUGGUGGAGGCGGCGGAGGUGAAGGCUUUGGGAGCGAAACUGGGUCUAGUUAUGGUUCUUGCAGUGGUGGUGGAUCUGGCCAUGGUGAUGGGGGACAUAGAGGUGGUGGCGGCAGUGGAGGUGGAGGCGGUGGUGGCAAUGGUUCAGGCAAUGGAAGUGGCUUUGGAUUCUGA